AUGUUGUCCGCAGCGAAAGUGCGCAUCCAUGGGAUGCAAGAUGAUAACUGGGUUAUCAAGGACAAAAUCAACCAGUAUCGGGGACUUAUAAAAUUGUAUGAGCGUGAUCGGAAGAUCCAUGAGGGCGACUUGGCUAAGCAGAAGAAGAGGUACUCGCGUGACAUACGCCAGCUUCGUAAAGAGAUAGCUGCGAAGCGGGAGGAGCUGGGAGUCGCCGUCUAUGGUGACAGGCAGUUCCUCAGAAAUGCCUUCCAGGAUCAUAGAAGACUGCAGCUUACUUACAUGAAUAGUAAAGCCGAUAAAGUUUUGGAAAGCAUCCAUCAAGAAAACUUCAACAAGCGGAAGCAACUUGACAGAAUCAGAUAUACAAAAAAGAAGAAAAUGGAACAAUUUCGUAUGGCACAGUUGGAAGCGGCGGAGAUGCGUGACCGCGUCAUCUAUGAAGUGGGGGGCAAGUUACCCCCCGAAAAGAAGGAGCAAGCCGUGGCGAACUAUGUGCAGCGAGCAAAUAUCAAGAAAAACGCUGCACUCGCAAUCAAAGUCAUGUAUAAGAAAAUAUUAGACAUUCUUAAAAAGGAUUCGUCAUACUUCACCGUUGUACUGGAGGCAUUGAAACUGGACUGCCGAGCGCAGGGCAAAUGCUUGAUGGGUGCUACCGAGAUGGGCCAACUCGCUAUGGAGUACCUUGAUGACCGAAAAUUUGAAUACAAUAAACUAGAAGGAGAGAUAAAAGAAAACAUGAAAGAAAGAGAGAGAACACUAAAGUUAGCUCGCCGUGAGGUCGCUUAUUUGACUGAUUCGUUUCCACAUCUCAUACGGAAAGAGGAAGCCACAAAUUUGGACGAUUUGUACGAAGAUGAGGACAACGGAAGCAGCCAUUCCACGCACUGGGAACUGGAAGAAGUACUGCGGACAUGCAAACGCCUACAAAAAGCAACUCUGGUUUCCUCUUUUGAUCAAAUUCUUCUAAGGUUGAAAGAACAACGCUAUCAGACUGCAAGGCUGCUGACGUCGCUGUCGCUGAACAAUGAGAAACGAGACACGCUCAUAGAGGACCGCAAACACGCCAUGUUGAUGCUCGAUACGCUGAAGAACGUUGGACAAGAACGAACCAGCCAUUUUUUGAUGGAAAAGAAACAACUGCAAUCGCAAAUGGACGCCGAAAGCCGCGCCGAGCAAGAACUAUCAAAGUCACUGGACGAGAAGGGCAGAGUCAUCAUACAAAUGAAAACGUCUUUGCAGCAAAUCAACGAGCUCUUGUCUUGUGUUGGUGCACCUAAUGCGCCCAGGCCGUUUACAGACGUUCCACCUGCGGUUCAGUAUGCUUUGGAAGAUAUGCUUCAGGAAGUGCCUCAAUUAGAGUCCGAUUUCGACAAGCUAUUAGCAAAUGCUAAGCAGAAGCUGACCGUGCUAAUCCAAGCUGUGGCCAAGAUGGAAGUCACGCCAGAGAUAAGGGACUGUGCAUUCCAGUUCUACCACCAGAUAGUGGCGAGAGAAAUGAGAGAGAACUUUAUUGAGGAUGUCGUCCAUGAAGGAGGGCUGAUCGAGUUCGAGAUGGAGGAUCCGAACGUGCCGAAUCGUGCCGUGAUAAAGCUGCGCAGUAAGCAGCUUGUGGACGCUCAAGUCAGUGAGUUCGAUGUUGCAGACGGCGGCAAAAAGUGAACUUUGUGACUUUGUCAUCAAAAGUUAAAUGUUAUAACUGCGUUUGAUUACCUAAUAAUAACUGCAAUGUUCAAAUUUUGUGUGAUUAAAUUCCAGUUAUUACGAAA